UUAAACGUUGCCACAAUUGAGUUUUCAACACCACUACAAGCACGUCGCGCACGAAAGACCCCGAAAGUUAUUGAAAAAAACUGCAGCAACUCGGUAAUCAACUAAGUGUUGACCAAUUGAUAAAAAUUUUGCAACAAAAUCUGGAAACACCAAUUACCAAAGAAAUUCUGUGGCCCAAUAACACCACCAAAACAAAAGGUAAACAAAACAAUGAGUGCAGCAAAACGAACCAAGUAUGCUACACUGACAACAACAGCCAAUGUGAAAGAGGAGAUAGUGCCUGUACUUAUACACGAUCCGAAUUCUGGUGAAGAGCCCCAAUACGCUUAUGCUACUUUUGCUACCACAGACGAGGAUGAAGUCGCUGUAACUACUUUGGACGACCAACACGGUCACCAGGAGAUUGUGGAUGCACAGGAAGUGAUUAUUGACGAGCAUGGACGGGCUGUCACCAUACAUCAAUUAGUUACUGAAGACGGCAGUUCGGUGGAAGCAGUAGAGACAGUCGAAGACGUUGAUGGUACCCACACCAUUGUGCAUAUUGUGCCGUCGACUUCAUCGUCUUUAGGUGAUGAGGGCGGCAGUCAGGAUGAAAGCAUUGGUAGUGCCGCUGAUGAAGAAUAUGAGAUAACUGAAAAUAAUUCUGGUGAUCUGGGUCUACGCACUGGUAACAAAACAUUUUAUUGCCCAAAAUGUAAUAAUUGUUACAGUGCUGCCGGUUCCUUGAAAUUGCAUAUGAGAGCCUGUAUGCGUCAGAAGCCCGAAGUGCCCGAAGAAGAUCGGAAAUGCACUAUAUGCGAAAAGGUGUUUAAUUCUGCUUCCUAUAUGAAAAUGCAUAUGCUACGUCAUUCAGGAGUAGGACCCAAGCGUUGCCAACGUUGCUAUCGCAAGUUUUUAGAUGAAGAGAAGUUCAACGCGCACAUGGAACAACACAAGCAGCAAGAUAAAUUAGAAGCAGAAGCGGAGGCCCUGGCUGUUCAACAUGGCGGCAAGAAAGUUGUAGUCAAAGAGUUCAACUGUUCAUUUUGCUCACAGAAUUUCACGGUUGUUUUUGAAUCAGGACAGGUAAAGCGUCGCUAUGCUUGUGAUCCCUGCCGUGAAAAAUACUCGAAUGCCGAAAUGUUAAAACAACAUAAGCAAAUGGUCGAAGAGAAGCGUGAGUUUCAUUGCGAGCGUUGUGGUCGUAAAUUUGUAUUCGAGGGUUUCUUACAACGUCACUUGCCUACCUGUGAUGGCACCAUUAAGCGGCGACGCGAUAUGAAGUAAAUUGAAGGAGGAGACGACCUAUUAUCGAUAAUUAAUUCCGUUUAUAAUUCAAUUGCGUUACCAAUUCUUCUGCUUAAUAUAUCUUUUCGAUGUUAAGAUUUUUUUAAGUAGUUUUUAGUUAAGAGGUUCCGAGAAGAAUUUUCUGGAUUAUCGUCUUGAGUUGAGAAUCUUUGUUUAGUUUAUGAAUUAUAUACGAAUAAUCAAUUAUUGAUUAAGCGUUUACGCUAAACAUUAAUAAAUAACUUUCACAAAACCAA